CGCCCGCGCCGCUCUAAAAUCGUCGCUCUUCGCCCGGGAGUCGCUACUCGGGGCGCGGCGGGAAAACAUCUCCCGCGCCACUCUUAUUUCUUCUUUCCUUCCCGACGCUGUCGAAAAAAUAUCUCAAACUGACGGCAACGUAGUAAUUCCACCAUGGAGGACGCUCACACGAAAUCCGUGGAUGAAGUCUUAAAGUAUUUUGGCACGGACCCAGACAAAGGCCUUAGUGCAGACCAAGUAAAAAGGAACCAAGAAAAAUAUGGACCCAACGAAUUACCUGCGGAGGAAGGCAAAAGUAUAUGGCAGUUAGUCCUGGAACAAUUCGAUGACCUCUUAGUAAAGAUUUUGCUGUUAGCCGCUAUUAUCUCAUUCGUUUUAGCUUUAUUUGAAGAGCAUGAAGAUGCUUUCUCAGCCUUUGUAGAACCCUUCGUAAUUUUACUAAUUCUUAUCGCUAACGCCGUAGUAGGAGUAUGGCAGGAAAGAAAUGCCGAAUCUGCCAUCGAAGCUUUAAAAGAGUACGAACCCGAAAUGGGUAAGGUCAUAAGAGGAGAUAAAUCUGGUGUCCAAAAAAUUAGGGCGAAGGAAAUUGUACCCGGUGACGUCGUUGAAGUCUCCGUCGGUGACAAAAUCCCUGCUGACAUCCGUCUUAUUAAAAUUUACUCUACUACCAUCCGUAUUGAUCAGUCCAUCUUGACCGGAGAGUCUGUUUCCGUCAUUAAGCACACUGACGCCAUCCCUGACCCACGCGCUGUAAACCAGGACAAGAAGAAUAUCCUUUUCUCGGGUACCAAUGUCGCCGCCGGUAAAGCCCGUGGUAUUGUCAUCGGCACCGGACUUAACACCGCUAUUGGUAAAAUUCGUACUGAAAUGUCGGAGACUGAAGAAAUCAAAACUCCUCUGCAGCAGAAACUCGAUGAGUUCGGUGAACAGCUCUCUAAGGUUAUCUCUGUGAUUUGCGUUGCCGUCUGGGCUAUCAACAUUGGUCACUUCAACGACCCCGCCCACGGUGGCAGCUGGAUUAAGGGUGCCGUAUACUACUUCAAAAUUGCCGUCGCUCUCGCCGUCGCCGCCAUUCCAGAAGGUCUGCCCGCUGUCAUUACCACUUGUCUUGCUUUGGGUACCAGGCGUAUGGCCAAGAAGAAUGCUAUUGUCAGGUCUCUGCCCUCCGUCGAAACCCUCGGUUGCACAUCCGUUAUUUGCUCAGACAAGACCGGUACUCUUACCACCAACCAAAUGUCCGUCUCCCGCAUGUUCAUCUUUGAUAAAAUCGAAGGUGGUGACAGCAACUUCCUUGAAUUUGAAAUCACUGGCUCCACUUACGAACCUAUUGGCGAUGUUUACUUGAAGGGACAGAAAGUUAAGGCCUCUGAAUUUGAUGGUCUUCACGAAUUAGGAACCAUCUGUGUUAUGUGCAAUGACUCUGCUAUUGACUUUAAUGAAUUCAAACAGGCCUUCGAAAAGGUCGGUGAAGCCACUGAAACUGCCCUCAUUGUACUCGCUGAGAAAAUGAAUCCCUUCAACGUUCCUAAGACCGGACUCGACCGCCGUUCCUCUGCUAUUGUUGUUCGUCAGGAAAUUGAGACCAAAUGGAAGAAAGAAUUCACUCUUGAGUUCUCCCGUGACAGGAAAUCUAUGUCCACCUACUGCACUCCUCUUAAGCCUUCCCGCCUGGGUACUGGUCCCAAACUGUUCGUUAAGGGUGCCCCUGAAGGUGUACUGGAACGUUGCAGCCACGCUCGUGUUGGUACCGCCAAAGUUGCUCUUAACACUACUCUCAAGAACCGCAUCCUUGACCUUACUCGCCAAUACGGUACCGGCCGUGACACCCUGCGUUGCUUGGCUUUGGCCACAGCUGACAACCCAUUGAAGCCCGAAGAAAUGGACCUUGGUGACUCCUCUAAGUUCUACACAUAUGAAGUCAACCUUACUUUCGUUGGUGUCGUCGGUAUGUUGGACCCUCCCCGUAAGGAAGUUUUCGACUCUAUCGUCCGUUGUCGUGCCGCUGGUAUCCGCGUUAUUGUCAUUACUGGUGACAACAAGGCUACUGCUGAAGCUAUCUGCAGGCGUAUCGGUGUGUUCGGUGAAGAUGAGGACACCACUGGCAAGUCUUACUCCGGUCGUGAAUUCGACGACCUGCCCGUCUCGGAACAGAGGUCCGCCUGCGCCAAGGCGCGUCUCUUCUCUCGCGUGGAGCCCGCACACAAGUCCAAGAUUGUUGAAUAUCUGCAAAGCAUGAACGAAAUCUCCGCUAUGACUGGUGAUGGUGUGAAUGACGCCCCCGCCCUGAAGAAGGCUGAAAUCGGUAUUGCCAUGGGUUCCGGUACCGCUGUCGCCAAGUCUGCCGCUGAGAUGGUGUUGGCCGACGACAACUUCUCUUCCAUUGUAGCCGCCGUUGAGGAAGGUCGUGCCAUCUACAACAACAUGAAGCAGUUCAUCCGUUACCUGAUCUCGUCGAACAUCGGUGAGGUGGUUUCCAUCUUCUUGACGGCCGCGCUGGGUCUCCCCGAGGCCCUCAUUCCCGUGCAGCUGCUGUGGGUGAACCUGGUAACUGACGGUCUGCCCGCCACCGCUCUUGGCUUCAACCCCCCUGACUUGGACAUCAUGAACAAACCACCGCGCAAGGCUGACGAGGGUCUCAUCUCCGGAUGGCUGUUCUUCAGGUACAUGGCUAUUGGUGGAUACGUGGGUGCCGCUACCGUCGGAGCCGCCUCCUGGUGGUUCAUGUACUCGCCUUUCGGACCCCAGAUGACCUACUGGCAGCUCACCCACCACUUACAGUGCCUCCAGGGAGGAGACGACUUCAAGGGCAUUGACUGCAAGAUCUUCACCGACCCCCACCCCAUGACAAUGGCUCUGUCAGUGUUGGUCACCAUUGAAAUGUUGAACGCCAUGAACAGCUUGUCUGAGAACCAGUCCCUGGUCACCAUGCCGCCCUGGUACAACAUGUGGCUCGUCGGCUCCAUGGCGCUCUCCUUCACUCUCCACUUCGUCAUCUUGUAUGUGGAGGUGCUCUCGGCUGUAUUCCAAGUGACGCCUCUGUCUGUUGACGAGUGGAUAACGGUAAUGAAGUUCUCAAUACCGGUGGUGCUCCUCGACGAGGUGCUGAAGUUCGUGGCGCGCAAGAUCUCCGACGGUGAGAACAGGAGUGUGGUAGACUGGCUCCACGGCAUGCAGUGGAUUGUGCUCAUGUGGGCCGUCUUCUUUGGCAUCAUCAUCUACGGACCCCUAUAAGCCGGCCCGCCCGUGUGCCGUGCCACCACCCCGUUUGAUUCACACCUAAUACCCCCUCAUAGAACCCUGCGCCACCCCCGCGCCGAGUGUGUCGCAUGUGGCGCGUGGCGUGUGGCGUGUGUCGCGUGAGUGGCGCGGGGUUCCGCUGUGGAAACCGAUGGACCUUGAGCUCGCUCCCACAGUUCGUCUCUAACCGUUUGAAUGCUAACGCGCGCACAAGUGUGAAGUGGUCUAGUGGUCGACUGGCCUCCUGCCCUACUGCACGAGCGAGUCGCCGGACGCUCUCUGCACUGCGCGGCCUCGCCAGUGCCUCUGUGUGUCAGUGUCAGAUAAGUCUCGUAGUGUCCGUUCGUAGGAUUAGUGUCGUGUAUGCGACGUCGGAGUGUAUCGGCCGGCCAGGUUCUAUUGCAUUUUAUAUGUGCGAGACAAUAAAUAGUUUGGAGCUCAUUUUUACAAGACGAGAGAUACAUCGAUUAUAUUUUUCUUCCUUUUACCGAGUAUGUUGUGAUGUUAUACACUUAUUUGAUAUGAAGUGGCUGUGAAGACCUUCAUAAUGCUAACACGAGACACCAAAAAUUGGUUGAUUGAGAGGUAUUUAUAAGUUAGAUUAAUUGCAUUUUAUGAUACAUAUUUUGUAAAAGCGUUAACAAAGCUCCAUUUCGCAAUAACACGCUAUAGGGACUCGCACAUAGCUCAGUACCUUGUCCAUGUGGACAGCAGACAUGUAAGCUUACUGUAUAGUAAGGUGCAUCGUUAGCUUAGUGUAACUUAACGUAAGUGUAUCGUUAGGGACGUGGUUAUAAUUAUUUCUCAACAUGUUGUUCUCACUGAAAGAUGUAUCUGUACCCUGUAUCCUGUUGCCUGUACAUGCUUUAUUAACAAUUCCUGAUGCAUUUUAUUACUUUUUCUUGUGAUGUAACCUCAGUUUUUUAUUCUGAAAGCACUUGGCCGCUGCAUUGAAUCUUGUCUCACUCAUUAACCGAAUAUGUAUUAUGUAUGCGUAGUUACGUACGCGGGACAUCGCGCAGCCAAGUAGCUUUAGUAAUUCGUGUAUACUGUAUACGAUUACUCACGCUACGUGCCACGUCUGUGCAGCACUCUGAUGUGAACCAUGUGUAACACGAGUUGUGCAAAUCUAAUACAUAAACCAAUCAAUGUAUGUACGAACACAAACUGUUGCUGAUAGCUAAAUUCGUGCUACUUAUAGGUUAUACAAUUUAUUGAUCUAAUAAUUUAAUUAUUGUCUUCUUUAUGUUCAUUGAAGGUUUACAAAGUCUGUUUUAUAAAUGGGACAUAAUAUUACUUUAAGUAUGCCGAGGUAAAUGAAAUUUGUCCAUUUAUUAAUUAUUAAUGGUACAAGGUCCGUACGUACAUAAGUUUUUAUAAUAAAUUUAGUAUAAUGUUGCAUGUUUGCAUUGCAUGGUGGUGAUUUUAGUAUGAAAUUGAUAUGUUUUAAUAACAUAUAUAUAACUAUAGAGCAAUAUAAUGCGACGUCAUUCGCUGAAGUGACCAUAAUAUAUUAUGCGCUACUUACUAUUCGUAAUUGUAUAUUAGACAUUUGUUGACAUUUAGUAAAUGUGAAAUAUACUUUAGUGGAUUACGUCGCUCAAUAAUGUUAUACAAAAUAUGAUAUAGAAUAAUAAUUAUUGAUAUAACUUACUUUGUCGGCAAUCCGUCUGCCAACAGUAGAUACAUACACCUUCACACACACACACACACUCACACUCAACAUUGCAUAUUACAGGGCAUGCUCAAAAACCUUGUUGUGAUUAUCCCUGAUACUGGAGCUGUUAAUACGUCAGUUUAUUUAUUGAAAUGUACAGUCGUUUAUAAAUACUAUUUUACAUUCAAUUAAAAUAGUGAACAAUG